UUGUCUGAGUGGAGAAAGUAAUGAAGAUGGAAGGAGCUGGUGUUGUUGAAUUAUUGAGAAGAUUUAUGGAGUAGCGGAGCGAUAGCUGUUCACUGGUCUUAUCGGAACGAGAGGGGACAGUGAUACCAGACCACGGACAGAUAGCAUGCCAGUAGAGGUGACUCCACUGCAGAUGAGGGAACAUGUUGGCUAUGGACCAAGGAGUGGUGGAGGAAUGGCUGUCAGAGUUUAAGACCCUCCCUGACAGUGCCGUCUCCACCUAUGCUGCCUCGCUAAGAGACAAAGGUUCCCUGGUUCCUGCGCUGUACAAGGUCAUCCGCGAGAACUACAGUGACCUGCUGGAGCCAGUGUGUCACCAGUUGUUUGAGUUUUACCGGAGUGGCGAGCCGCAGCUGCAGCGCUUCACGCUACAGUUCCUGCCAGAGCUCCUGUGGAGCCUCCUGUCCGCCAGCGCCGCCAGAGACCCCCACACCUCCGGCUGCAUCGAGGCCCUGCUGCUGGGCAUUUACAAUCUGGAAAUAGUUGACAAUGGACAAAGUAAAGUGUUAUCUUUCACUGUUCCUUCCCUCUCCAAACCCUCAGUAUACCACGAGCCCUCUGCCAUCGGCUCCAUGGCCCUCACAGAAGGAGCUCUAGCCAACCACGGACUGAGGAGGGUUGUGUACAGCGGGCCUCACCUCCAGAGAGAAACGUUUACGGCACAAAACAGGUUCGAGGUGCUGACCUUCCUGCUGCUGUGCUACAACGCCGCUCUCAGUUACAUGACCUCCACCUCCCUGCAGUCGCUCUGCCAGCUCAGCUCCAGGGUGUGUAUAUGCGGCUACCCACGACAACAGAUGAGGCGCUACAAAGGCAUUAGCACACGGCUAACGGUCACGUCCGAGUUUCUGGUUCAGCUCAUCACGGGGAUCCACUACGCUUUGUGUAACGGUGAAGUUGAACUGGGGUCCAAAGCCCUGGAUGAUGUCUUGUAUCGAGCCCAGCUCGAGCUGUUUCCCGAGGCUCUCCUGGUGGGUAAUGCCAUCAAGUCCUCGCUGCACGGAGCAGCACUCAAGAGCAACAACAAGGAGGGUGCACGGAGCAUCCAGGUGGAGAUCACGCCCACCGCCUCCAGGAUCUCCCGCAACGCAGUCACCUCCCUCUCCAUCAGAGGACACCGCUGGAAGAGACACGACGCAGUGGAUCUGGGUUCCCCGGAUGAGCUGAUGGAUAUCUCCGAGGUGGACGAAGGGGUCUGGCCGGGCGGCGUGGGGCCCGACGUGACCCCGCCCACCAUCACCAUCAGCAACAGCGUCACCACUUUGAACCUGGGGGCCAAGGCCAUGAAGAAGUGCCGGCUCGGCGGGCGCACCAGCAAAGACAAGGACAAGGAGGCGGGCCCCCUGAUGACGGGCCGGGCCGCCAGCGAGAACGCAGAGCUGUCCGUCAAGCGGCUGACGCUCACUUCCAGCCAAUCAGUGCCCAAAGCGGGGGCCCUCACCAGCCUGACGCGCACCGCCAGCGCCGUCUUCUCCCGUUCCUUCGAGCAGGUGGCCAGCGGCGUCGCGCCCCACACCAACAACCACGCCGCCGCCUCCGAGGCCGGCCGCUACUCCUGCAGCCUGCAAGAGGAAGGGCUGGGCUACCUGAGCCCGGCGCCCAACCACACGCAGCGCUCCCCCAGCAUCAGCGUGCACCUGGGCUCCGACCUCUGAACCCCCGGUGACUCUCGGACCGUACGAGCCCCCUCAUCACGGAUCCUGUGACCCUGUACCUGUGACCUGGAACUCCAAGCCAUGCCAACCGCAGCGCACUGCGAACAAGCGAAGAAGCACUCCCACUGUCGCCCCACCCCCUGCCUCCCCCGCCGCCACUCCACUUCAGGCUUCGUCACAUGUCUGUACUGUAAACCGGCGUGCCGUCUCGCCUCUCUCCCAUCCUCGCGCUCCUCGCAGGACAAAACUCCGCCGCCUGUCCGAAACGGGCGCAUUUUAAAACUAUCACUAAACAACUGUGUGGAAAAGUAUCGGGAAAGUGACUCAAUUGGCAUUUGUUGCCCCGCAUGGCUUUUCCGUAACUUUGUCCUUCCCUUGCCAGGGUUUGUCAGAGGGCAGGUGAGGUGUGUGAGCAGUGUGUGUGAGUGUGUUGUGAGUGUGUGUGUGUGUGUGUGUGUGUGUGUGUGUGUGUGUGUGUGUGUGUGUGUGUGUGUACUAUUUUAGACAAAGGCUGCUGAUUGAUACAAGGUGUGAUUCUCCUAUUGAACGAAGUGUUUCUACUACUUUUUUUAAAAGGAAAAUAAAUCUCGGACCCCUUCCCAUAGCAAUACAGAUCUCUCCUGUUCAGUGUUUUCUGUCCUCUGGACUGAUCAGACCAACACUCAGUAGUUCCACCGGUGCUUCUGUAGAGAAACUCGCUCCUUCUGAGAUCGACGCAGUAAAGAACCACUAGGUAUCCCAACCAGUCUGUAAAGAUCGGGGUCUUCAUGUUUACAAUCACACUGUAUUCUCACCACGACGGAGAAGCAAUACGUUUCCUUCCCCUCGUUCCUUGAGCACCUUUCUGAGCUGCUGUGGAUUUAAUUUAAAAAAAAAAAAAAAAAAAAAA